AUGACUGCACUCCUCGACCUCCCAGCCGAGAUCCUUAUCCAGAUCGUCAGUCUGCUCUGUCCCCACUGUAUUGUCAUAAGCCGAAACUUGGGACAAUGCACCUGCCAGGAAGAGCGGCCUAAAGACGGCAAGCGGUUCACCGCAUCGGACCUCCUCCGUCUGGACUUGGCGAGAUUAUCGCGAACCUGCCGCGCUCUUCGAGACAUUGCACAACCAGUGCUCUAUCACAGCCCGAAGCCUGUUGUCGGCUAUGAGCUUCUACUCGCGCGCACCCUCGCCAAACGACGUGACCUCGCCCACCACGUCAAGGAGCUCCACCUCGGAAGAUGGAGCGUCUACGAAAAAGACGUGACGCCAGAGCUACAGGACCUUUUCAACGGGAUCAUCGUUGAGGUAGGCGUUUCUCCAAGUCUUUUGGGAGAAACAAGCAAGGAAUGGCCCAAAGAUUGGUUCCUGAAUGGCGCCGAGAACAAGAAUCCCUACGUGGGCUUCAUCCCAGACAUCACCAAAGGGAGCGAUGCUAGCGAGUUCUUCAACAACCGUGUGCGCGUUGUUGAUGCACUGAUGGUCACCCUCGUAUCUAACGUCGAGCACAUCCACCUGCUCCCCCUUUCCGUUCCCAGCUUCCCGUUCUGCGCUCCGGGUUCUCUGCUGCGGUUGACAGACCUCACGUUUCAGGUGUCAAACCAGGGAGAGGGUAGCAGCAUUGACUGUGUAAAGGGCAUUCUUGAUGCCGCGCCGGCGCUGGAGCGGAUCAGGGGCCUGGGCAUCAACGGCAUGUCCGCGGCGGUGACGCAUCGGAACCUGAAAAGCCUCGAUCUCAACAAUAGCGCACUUGGCGCGACGCACCUUCAAGCCAUCAUGAACGGGUUCCCUAAGCUAGAGGUGUUCGGGUACGAAGUCGACACGCACAUUGACGUCGGAAGCCCUGACGCGCGCGACGCCAUUCCGAGAGAGAUUGGCGAAGCCCUACUCAUCCGCAAAGACACUCUCAAGGACGUGGAUCUCGACCUGGCCCGCUCGUCGAUGUACAGGCACAACUCGCGACUAUCACCCGAAGACGCGAUGCCCAGCCUGAAUGAGAUGGAGAUGCUGGAAGAGCUCGCGAUUGACCGGGAGGCCAUCUUUGUGACGAGAGACAUGAUGCCCGAGGCGUUGUGGGUUCAGAUUGACGAGGAUGGGAUCGGGAACAUGGUCGAGGGCGGGGAAGUAGACAAUGAGAUUGACGAGAUGCUGCAAGCUCUGAUGGACCCCGACGACAGAAGGAGGAAAAAGGACUUGAUCGUUGACUUUUUGCCGCCGUCGAUUCGGUCCUUCAAGCUGUACGAUCGGCACGGGAAGCUGUUCCCGGAUUUGAUCAAACUUGCAACGGAGACGCCCGAGAAAUUUCCCAACUUGAAGAAGGUCAGGUUCUGGGGCUUUAAUGAGGACCAACGUAUGGCUUUGAGGGGAUCAUUUAGAAGGGCUGGAGUGAAGUGUUUCCAUGGAGGGUACUUGUAA